UUCUCCAUUUCACAUGUGAGCCUUUGAGCGCAACACUGUGCGUAAAUCCUGCUCGGAGGUGACCGAGCCCACAGCGCUGCCAUGGACUCCAGCGCCACUUCCAAUCACUCUUCUGGUUAAAAUGCGGAUCUAAUGUGCGCCUCUGGAUCUGGGCUGUGAAGUGAAACUGGUAGAGAUCAGACGACUUCUGUGUUGCACCGAGAUCAGGACUCACAACAACACUUCUCCUGGUGGGGUUUUCAGACUUUAAAGCUUCUCUCAGAAGUAACAUCGUUAUGGAAACGGUCAUCAGCAGCAAAGACACUUACAACCAGUCAGCAGUGUUCAUCCCAGUCUUCAACUCCAGCUGUCGCUUUGAUGAGGAGUUCAAAUACAUCCUGCUGCCCGUGUCCUACAGUCUGGUGUUUGUGGUCGGCUUCGUGCUCAACGCCGCAGCUCUAUGGAUGUUCCUGAAGAUGCGACCGUGGAACCCCAGCACUGUGUACAUGUUCCACCUCGCCCUGUCCGACUUCCUGUACGUCAUCUCCCUGCCCACCCUCAUCUACUACUACGCCAACCGUAGCCACUGGCCCUUCGGCUUGGCUGCCUGCAAGAUCGUGCGCUUCCUCUUUUACGCCAACCUCUACUGCAGCAUCCUCUUCCUCACCUGCAUCAGCGUGCAUCGAUACCUCGGCAUUUGCCACCCCAUCAAGGCGCUGACCCUCAUAAAGUCCCGUCACGCCCACCUGGUGUGUUGCACGGUUUGGGUUGUGGUGACCGUGUGCCUGGUGCCCAACCUCAUCUUCGUCACCACCUCCAGGAGGGACAACGAUACCUUGUGCCAUGACACGACCAGCCAGGGCGCCUUUGAGGAGUACGUGAACUACAGCUCCGUCGUCAUGGUGCUGCUGUUUGGCAUCCCGUUCAUGGUGAUUGUGGUGUGCUACUGCCUGAUGGCGCGGACUCUCUGUCGGCCUAGACAGGGAUUAUCUGGCCGCCAGCAGGGCGGCGCCUCGCGUCAGAAGUCCAUCAAACUCAUCAUCAUAGUUCUGGUGGUGUUCGCCGUGAGCUUUGUCCCGUUUCACAUCACACGGACUCUCUACUACACCUCCCGUGUGCUGAAUCUUGACUGUAAUUUCCUCAACAUUGUAAACUUUACCUACAAGAUCACCAGGCCGCUGGCCAGCGUCAACAGUUGUAUAGAUCCCAUUCUGUAUUUCCUGGCUGGGGAUCACUACCGCUCCAAACUGAUGUCUGUCCUGACAGGAAGGAGACAGAUGUUGAGCAGCCAAUCACCUGAACAGGCACAGCCGAACAGUAACUGCAGUAUAGGCCUGGUGCAGAAGAACUCGACCCAUAAAGCCAGUGAAAAUGCCCAGAGCUAGUUGGACGUUUAUUUAAAUGAUGCCCAUGCUGAAGAAAGCGAGUAAAAGGUUUGACACAGUUGGUCACAGAUGACUUUAAGUGAGUGACAAAUAAUUCAGGAUCAGUGAACGCUUGCCAUCUUCGAUAUAGAAUCCUAAGCUGAUCCAACACCCACUGUUCAUAUCGUACUGAUAGCCUGACUGUGGUCACAGAAUUAAGACAGCUAUGAGGCAAUCCUUCCUGUUUUAUCAGCAGUGUUUGUGUGUUACCCAGAAACUCUGGCUACAACCAGCUCCAGGUCCCAGCUGUUUUUGUCCUUCAGCUUCCACAGCUGUCUUUUGCUCAACUGUGGAGAAAUCCAAUAAGACGGCUCCGGUCAGUCUCUCUCAUUUAUAAACCACCCACUCCUCAGCAGAGGGAGAAGGGAUUUUCCUUCCCCCCCUCUCUCUUACCUUUGGGAUUGAUACAUGGAAUUGCUAAGGUCUUUUUUUUUUAUCAGUGAUCCAGCCUGAACUCUUCUGUAGUUUUGCAGGAGCUUAAGUCAGUGCUGGAAAGUUUUACUGAAUGAUACCGAGCCCUCCACCCUUGUUUUUCACGCUGAUGUAUGCAUCUGUGCUGGAGCAGAUGUUUUCAUAUGGCGCAGCAUCACGUGGUGUUCUGUAAAGCACGAGGACGGUCUUCGAAGUUGUUUUUGUAAUUACAGUUUUAUGAGUUCAUAAAGUGUUACUGCGUGAGUUACGGUUGUCAUAAACUGUAUGUCCUGACCUGAUUAUGGUCAGUGUGAGAUGUAAUGUCUCCGUCAGUUUGCCCUCAUUAAAAGUGUAACAUAACGAGACCCACAAAGUGAAAGCAGCAGUGAAACAUUUCUCAUUUGAAAUCUACCAUCAAUUCCGCAGAGAGACCUGCAGAAGCUAUUGGACAAGAAAUCCAAACAAAAACAUCCGUCAUGGUGGUGAGAAGGCAGUUUGGAUAUUUCACGUUAUCAUCUCUACAUACCAUUCAACUGAAGAGGCUGCUUUUCUGGAUAAAUGUUGAAGCUAUUUGAUGAGACGAUAGAAAGCGCUGUAAUCUUAAAUCUUGAUGAUUCCUGUGUAGAGAUGUUACAUAAAGUCUCUUCAAAAUGAAAGAAUCCCAUGUUAUUCUCACACUGUGUAGCACUUGUUAACGUACACGCUGUCUCAGCUUGUUUCAAUCCUUCACCGACUGAUACAUUCAAACCCUGUAUUUGUAUGGCAGGACUAUUACAUCGGAGUAGGUUGGAGGCCUUGAAAGCUUUGAAAUGUAAACUUUAACCCACAACAGAUGAGUUACGACCACCCGCCAACAAGUUACAGUAAUCGCGCUUCAAAUUGCACCGGCAUGUGAAACAAAUAAAACUGACCCUUGCAAUUAUUUGCUAAUUACCGUUAAUGUAAUUAAUGUUUCAUACUGUUGACCAAGAAGAUAUGUCAGCUUUGUGCACAUGUCUGCAGUGAAUGGCAGAUGCCCUGUAUUGUAAGCUCGCUAGCGCCUCCCUGUGGUGUGAUUUUUGUCAAGAAGCUGUUCUCAGAAGCAGGUCAGGAGAGCUGAAAUAAACCAGGUAACUAAUUAUGCA